ACAAUCAAGCCAUGGAGGGUGAGAAAAAGUACAUCACCUCUGAGGAGCUGAAGGAACACAACAAGGAAGGGGAUUUAUGGAUCUCCAUUCAGGGUAAGGUGUAUAAUGUCACAGAUUGGGUUAAGGAACACCCUGGUGGUGAUGUUCCUAUACUGAACCUUGCUGGCCAGGAUGUCACAGAUGCAUUCAUAGCCUACCAUCCUGGCACAGCAUGGAAAUUUCUUGACAAGCUCUACACUGGGUAUUACCUGAGGGAUUUCAACGUCUCUGAGGUGUCCAGGGAUUAUAGGAAGAUGGCAUCUGAGUUUUCAAAAAUGGGUCUUUUUGACAUGAAAGAGCAUGUUGCUUCUUGUGCCCUUACCUCUGUUGCUGUCAUGUUCCUCAUUGUUCUUUAUGGGGUCCUUAGAUGCGCAAGUGUGUGGGCACAUUUGGGCUCUAGCAUGCUGUUGGGUUUGCUUUGGAUGCAAAGUGCUUAUGUGGGUCAUGAUUCUGGUCACUAUGUGGUUAUGACAAAUCGUGGGUUCAACAAAUUUGCACAGAUAAUUUCUGGGAAUUGCUUGACUGGGAUAAGCAUUGCAUGGUGGAAAUGGACUCACAAUGCUCACCACAUUGCUUGCAAUAGCCUUGACCAUGAUCCUGAUCUGCAACACAUGCCAGUUUUUGCUGUGUCUUCCCGUUUCUUCAAUUCAAUCACAUCUCAUUUCUAUGGAAGGCAGUUAAAGUUUGAUUCUUUUGCCAGGUUCUUGAUCAGUUACCAGCACUGGACAUUUUACCCAGUCAUGUGCGUUGCAAGGGUCAAUUUGUACGUUCAGACAUUCCUGCUUUUGUUUUCAAAGCGUAGAGUCCCAGAUAGAGCUUUGAACAUAAUGGGAAUUCUUGUGUUUUGGACUUGGUUCCCCCUUCUUGUUUCUUCCCUCCCAAAUUGGCCAGAAAGGAUUAUGUUUGUGCUUGUUAGCUUUGCUGUUUGUUCCAUUCAACACAUUCAAUUCUGUUUGAAUCAUUUUGCUGCAAAUGUAUAUGUGGGGCCACCAAAUGGCAAUGACUGGUUUGAGAAGCAAACUGGUGGGACAUUGGAUAUCUCUUGCUCCUCUUGGAUGGAUUGGUUCUUUGGUGGUUUGCAGUUCCAGCUUGAGCACCAUUUGUUCCCAAGGCUUCCAAGGUGCCAAUUGAGGAAGAUUUCCCCAAUGGUGAGAGACCUAUGCAAGAAGCAUAACUUGCCUUAUAGGAGUUUGUCAUUUUGGGAGGCCAAUCAAUGGACAAUUAGGACCCUCAGGACUGCUGCCCUACAAGCCAGGGACCUGACUAACCCUGCCCCCAAGAAUCUGUUGUGGGAAGCUGUUAAUACUCAUGGCUGAGGGAUAUGAAUUUUUGGAUUUUAGAAGAAUGUCAAGAAGGUCUUUUUUCCUUUAUUCUUUA